AUUUGGUGGCGCGGGCGGGAGAAAGUGCUUGGCGUUGCACGCAUGGACAAGAAGAAGACUGGCGUGGGCUCGGUGCUGACGGACGACUGGGAAUCCGACUUGGCGGCCAUCAUUGAGAAAACCAACCAAAACCUCAACUUGCUGCGUAAGAUUGGCGAAAAGCGCGAUGAGCCGAAGGUGCUAACGCCGUCCGGGCUGCUGUCGCGGACGCGAUCGAGUCCGCUCAUCGUGGCGCCAAGUUCCAAUGCCACAGACCACCGAAUUACGUCAGACGCAACGGCGUCCAUCAACAAGUGGAAGAAAGUCCUGGACGAAUCCACAUCGAUGAAGCGGCACAUCGCCACGAAAAUACUUGACUCGAACAAGGCCAAGGCGGACGGUGUGCGAGGAGCGUGGGACCUGCCUUUCACGAACCAAGAUGAUCCACGAGGGGAGACGACGAAGCCAGGUGCAACAUCCAAAUCCUUUCAACCUCACGUGUCGAUGGAUGAGGUCAAGAAAAGCCUUGAAGUAGACAUAGCAGGACGCGCAAAGGCCAUUGAAACCCUCGUCGCCGACUUGCGCUUGGAUUUCAAAGCGCUGGCCGGCGAGUGUAACCUGUCGUCGAAAAAGGCCGACGAGCUUGUUCAAAAGUUCGAGGUCAAGUGUCAACGAUUCGAAUCGUUCGAGGUCGACGCGACAAAGGUGCUGGAGGCAUGGCCACGCCUUGAAACGCAGACCAUCGCGUUGCUCAAGUGGAAAGGCAUGGUCGAAUACGAUAUGCAGGCAGCAACGAACAAGCUCGACGUGGUGCUAUCCGCGCAGGAAAAAUGCACGCGGCUCGACCGGCAAAUGUCGGAUUUGGAACACAAGCUGCAGCGGUUGCCGACAUUAGAGGGACUCGUCGACACAUUGACGAAGCGAGUGCAAGAGCUGGAACGGCAAGCGUCCCGCGCGGCGGCAGACGGCCAUGGCAUCGCGCAUGCGGUGGAAGUAGCAGUGAACAAAUCGAUGGCGUCGUUGGACGGCAGCCUCUCGAAACGGAUGGACGCUGUCACCGAGAUGCACGAGGCCAAGACAACUAGUUUCAUGAAGACGUUGCAGAGCCAGCGUGAAAACUACGAAAAGGCGAUUCAGUUUGCCAUCGAUGCAGGGCUGGGCGACGUCCACAUGGAAAUGGAUCAAGUGCAGAAACGAAUCGACACGCGGCUGCACGACAUCCAAACGUCGAUCGACGCACGUGUCGCGGUCCUGCACAAACGCGUUGGAGCGAUGGAAGUUGCCGUCACGGACACCGAGAGAAGCGCGGACUCGAACGACCAGCUUCGAAAACUCUCUGCACGUGUGGACUCGUGUGUGUCAAAGCAGCAAGUGAGCACGGUGGUGGCCGACCAUCUCGCCGACUACGUCGAGUCCCAUCGUCGCAUGGAAGCUGCUCUCGUGAAAGCGCAGCAAGACCACGACCGCAAGUGGAAAGGUCUCAGCGAGGGGCUUGCAAGUACGCAAGAAGAAUUAUCUCACGUCCACGAGAAUGUUGCAAGCGUGCAGUCGGCGAUGCAAAAGACAGCCAAGGUUGAAAACCAAGUUCUUCGCGCCAAGUUGCUCCAGUGCGUGGCCGAAUUGGACGAGCUUCGACAGGUGAAGCACGACUUGGACACUGAUUUGGAUCGGCGCAACAGGGACCACGACGCGGCCAUUGCGAAACUCGCUGCCCAAGUUGCCGCGUCGGAUAAGAAGCGAGAGGAUGAUGUCCAGACCUUGACAACUGCACUGAUGGAGAAGUCCGUGCAAGUGGCGUCGACAGCAGGAAAGCUCACAGCGCUGCAAGAAUGCUGGAAUCGCGACGUGGAUCAGUUGCAUGCGACGCGUGCGAUGAUGCACAAAGCCCGACGUGACAGUGCAGAGAUGCGCGCAGCGCUGCAGCAGUGCCAAAGCGACUUGUCCCGGCAAAACCUGGAAAAGAAGCACAGCGUCGACACGAUUCGGCGACUUACUGCUCAGUGGGUAAAGGCCAAAGAGGACGUCGCUCAGUCCAAAGCGUCGUUGCAACAAGAGAUGAAGCAGCACUCGGACCGCGUGAGUAUGUUGGAGAGUACGAUCGCAAAGCUCCAAUCCACGCACGCCACGACCUUGACCGAUGUCAAGCGGUCCGCUGUCGCGACAGGCCAUGUCGAGAGGCUCACGAGUGACUUGGCAUCGGCGCAACUUGAUUUGCAGGCCGUGCAACAGGAGCUGGAGCGCGUGACUUUGUCCAAGGCGACGUUGGAGGCCCAGCUUCACACGGCCAUAUCCCAAUUGAAAGCCGACGAUCCACAUCGACAAAGCGCUGCGCAAGCUCGCCACGCCGCACUGGACAAUGCAAAUGCAAAGUUGCAUGACCUCAUGAAACGAGAAACGGACGUGGUGGCCGCCGUCCAGGCGCUUUGCAACACGUUGGCCACCACGAGUGCUUCAACAGUCGCGCCGCCCACACUUGUCGGUACACUGCACGCAAUGCACGUGACCAUCCAGGACUGGCAAACAAGACAAACCGGAAACGCUGACUCCAUCUCUGCGCUCCAACGGCAAGUGCAUGCGACGCAAGAUGAGCUGAGUGCACAGCAAGUGGCGUGGGAGAUCAAACUCAAGGCGCAUGUCGCCAAAUUGGACUGUGUCUUGACCGAGAAAACCCAUGUCGAGGAGGAUUUGGCCGCCCACAAAGCAAAGCUCAACGAGGAACUUGCUCGCAAGCGACAGAUCGAAGACGACGCGGCAAUCGCCGCUCAAGGCAUUGCCACCAAAGAGCGAGAAUUGCGUGGACAAGUGGAAGAACUGGAAGCCUACGUGGCAGAACUUGUGAGUCAGAAGUCAAGUUUGGAAUUGUCGCUGGCGUCGCUGGAGGCGGCCCACGAAAAUUCGGCACGGGAUGCCCAAAUUGCAACAAACAGUUUAGCCACGACCGUCGCAUCGCUACAAGACAGACUGUCAGAAAGCCUAGCAAGUUACGAGCGAGCUAGCGACGAAAUCGAAGCUCUCGAAGCCAAGCUCCAGGAGUUGCAUGCCUCCAACCAGACGUUGACGGACGAGUACAACGCAGCUUGCGUCGACUUGCACGAUGCGCAAGAUGUUGCCAGUGCAUCCAAAGCGCAAACGACCGUGCUAGAGUUGGAGCUGGCAAAUGCCCAAGAGCAGUGCCGCGACCGUGAAGGCAAGCUCCUUGCGGCCCAAGCACAGGUUGAGUGUGUGACUUCCAAAAUCGAAACCCUCGAGUCGACGCUGUUGCAAGUGCAGACGGAGCUCACGAAUCUUCACCAGACGUCAACUAACACGGCAAAUUUCGACAGAGCGCGAUUGGACGAGGAAAAAAUCAAAAUUGACCAACUCCUCCUUGAGAAAAAGGCCGUGGAAGACAAAUUGCUCGAGUGGACGGAGCGCGAAGCAGCGAUGCAAGAGGAAUGGGCUCAGUGGAAAGAGGAACGAGAUGCCCGCGAGCUACAAGUGCACAGUCAUGUGUGUGCGCUCACGGACGACUUGAAAGCCGUACAAGAUGCAUCGGCCAUUCGGGAGUCGGAGUUUGUCGCGUUGGCAAACCACGUCAAGUCGCUCACUGGGUGCUCCAGCUCAAUGGUGGACUCGCCGGGCCAUACAUCCUUUGCGAUGCUCCAGACAAACAUUGACGCCCUGCAUGCUACCGCUACUGCAAAGCAGCGCGUUCUUGACCAGGUCGUGGAGUUCUUACAAACGUGUGUCGGUCGCAAGAGCACCGACCCUGUGAAAUCAAACAUCUUCGAAGAGCUGCCCGUGUUGCAGCCUGUACUGGAGCAAGUUGAAUCACUCCACGUCGAAACGACAAAUACAACGAGUCGUGUGGUCGAAUUGGUUCAAGAACUGGGUCGCCGCGAUGAGUUGCAAGCGCAGCUCGAGCUCGAACUUGAAGCACAACGUGCUACCAUGUCGGCGUUGCAGCAUGCCAAGGAAGUUUUCGAAAGCGAUGCGGCAGUCUCCGCCCAAGAACUAGAAGCGACCCGGACUCAAUGGAAAGAAAGUGAUCGAAUUCACGAAGCGAAAAUCAAGGCAUUGCUGGCUGACUGCGACGCUCACCAAAGCCACGAGGCCCAUCUAAAGCACCAAGUGGAAACGAUGGUGCAGCAGUGGCAACGUGACCUUUCGGCCAUGCAAGUCCAUGUAAUCGACGACAUCGAAGCAAAGCUUGCGCAACUCGACGCAGACACGACGACUUGCGUCGAGGCCAUGAUGCAGCAAGAAGCCGCACAAGAAGCAACAGCGGUAGAGAUGGACAAACAACAGGAAAACUUGUGUCGCCUUCAACGCGACGUAGCGAUGCUGCGAAAUCAAUUGAGCAUGGCACCUGCGACGCUGCACCACAUCAAUCACAUGCACGGAAUCGUUGCGACGCCAGAGAAAGCACCCGCUGUUCGCGGUCAUGACAGAGCCCACAUCCUGAUGAUGCAAAGUCAACUCACUGCGGAAGCCGAAGUGACAGCACUGCAGCUGGCCUUGAACGACCAAGAUUUGUCGUACGUGGCCAAGUCUCUCCAGCGGCUACCCAACUUAGCCCAAAGAUUGGCCCAAGUCGCUUCAGCAGUCAAUCAAAUUCGGCGCCCGGAGACACGUGGGGUGAUGUCUACCGUGGUGUGCACCGUGGAGUCAUCGACAAUCUCGAGUGAAGGUACUGGUCAAGCCGAAAAUACGCUAAAAGUGGAAGGGCCUGGAGCCGCGAACUCACUCGACGAAGCUGUUGCUGAGCGUACAACGGCCUCGUUUUCUGGUCGUGUCGUCGACAGAGCGAUGCCCGAGAGCAAUGAUGCCAAAAUCUUCCGCGGGGUGUCAGGUGCUAUCACUGAACACGACGCUGACUCGCCGACGACAAAUCGUGAAGUGAGUGAAGCCCAGUCCUCUGACAGUGAUGAGCACGUCGCGGUGGGCAGCCUAAUUGUCCAAAGCGAACCACUACAGAACGUUCCCAUGACCACACUGGAAGCGACGCAUUGCGGCGAUGAGAAGGGCGUCGAGACCGACAAAGACGAGGGUGGCGAAGACGCUGCGCCCACCGACGACUUCGACGUAGCUGAUGCUUCGGUCGAGACACCCUUGCACACUGAUCUUUGCACACAGCCAUAUGCGUCCACUGAAAUGGACGAAGCUCUUGAGCAUUCUGGCGAGAUUUCUCAGGAACCAAGCGCCUCUAUUCAUGCAUUGACCGCACCACUGGACUCCCCGCGAGACGCUGCACUACAUUUGCACCAUGACGGCACCACACUGGAAGACACUUGUGAAAAGCAAUUGCAUCCUUCCGAGUCAGACGGCACGGGUCUAACCGCACGGCAAAUUGGCCUGGAAUCAACCCAAAUUGAUGCCACGGAAGUCGUCGGAGAUGACCGCGACGUAUUCGAUGAGUCAGGCAUUGAUGAAGGGGAAGAAGCACAUCAACUUAUGGACAAUGACAGCAGCGCCAGGUUGAAUGAGGACUAUGGUCUUGCCCACGGCAACUUGUUGAAUGGGGCAACGGAUGGCCAGCCGCUCGGAGGUAUAAUGGGGCGCCGUGAAGAGCCACCGAACGUCCCGGCAGGAGUUCUUUUGACGUCCGAAGUUGCCGCCUUGCCUACAAUCCUUGCAGAUAGCUUUCAAGACUGCGCGAAUCUUACUCGAGAAUAUGACGAUGGCGGGGAGAGAGACUCCAACUCAGACAACUCUGACGCUGAAAUUGGCGAGGAAUCGGUCGACGACAUGCCGCCGAGUCCGGUUCAGUCAUCUGCCCAGUCGACAUUGUCUUCGUCCUUGGCUCGAUUGCAAGCCAUGCAACCGAGCCAGGAUCAAGAUGAACGACUCUCAAACAGUACGGACGGCGAAGUUAGCUCUUCAAGUCAUUUUGAAAACUCUGCAGCUGCCUCAAGCAUCACCGAGAUGUCGUCGCAAUCAACGGCGCAAUCGAUGACGAAUGAACAAUCGAUUCAACGUAUCGCUCCAUUGUCCACCAGCGUACCAGCAGUGCGUGACAUGAUGGAUGGUCAGUUGCCGCCACGAAGCAACUCACCGCCCUCCCUAUCACCUGGUCGUCCGGCGGAGCCGCAUACUGACAUAAAUGACCAUUCAGAGCAACUGGACCAGAGUUCGCAUGAGCGGACACCGUCGACGCAUGCUACCGUCCACCACCACACUGAAGACGGUCGCGACGACGUUGAGUCAGAAGACGACGGGACUGAACAAAACCUUGCCGAGUCGGAGGACGAAUUUGCCGUCGAGCCGAGUUCUCAUGACUUUGAGUCUCGCAGCCAACCGCAGCAACAUUCCUCGCGCAGACAAGAGCACCAUGCAAACUCCCUUGACCCGACAAGCCACGACCAUGAACUGGGGGGCGGGGAUGAAGCUGAACGGGUUCAAUUGCCGUUGGACGAGGCAACAACAGGACGACGGAAGGCUGACUUGGUCGACUUGGACGACAUCGGAAGACUCCUCAAAGAGCAGGCACUGCAAGGUGCUUCAUUACAGUUCGACAACUCGUUUGACGAAUCGUUCGAUGACGAUGCUGACCGCCACCCACCAGACACGUACGACCCGGACGAUGAGUUGUCUGGGCCUACCGAUGGCACUGGUGACUGCGUUGAUGGGCAACUGGACAAGGACGUGGAAUUGAACGAUGCAGGUCGAACAAAACCAUCGGCUUCAUUCCAUGGGGACUCGGUGAACUCAGUAGAUGUGGUGGCUAUUGAGUCCACGACCGACGUCACCAGACAGGAAAUGAAGGCAUCCUUGAAUUCCAACGGGCACCUGCUCCACCCCACUGGCGAUGAUGUCGAGUCAGACGACGAAUUUGCCGAUGAAUCCAUGGCGUCCUUGGAAGACUCCAUGGAGCAGUCAGAUGAACCGUCCAGUCCAUGUGGCAAGGGCUCUUCCAAGCAUUUACCCCCCCUGACCUUGCAACUUGUACCACACAUUGACAAUUGCGAUCUGGACGACGGACGCCUUGAGAGAGACAACGCAACUUCUUCGUCGGCAUCCAAAGUUGCAAAUGGUGUCGCAGGUCGAGUGAAUGCCCGAGAAGAUGACCUUGACGUGUUGAAACAGCUCAUGGCUGAGCAAGAUCUGCACCUCUCCAGCACUUCCUUGCACCAGGAGUCGUAUGAUGAGCCAGACGACGUCCCGAUCGCGGUGGAUGACGACGAGUUGUCUGAUCUCGAAGACGAACAUAACGACGCGCAGAGAAAUGGCUGUGAGGAAUCCUGGGUCCAACCUUCGACAUCAACGCCACCUUCCGUCGACGUUGGCCCAGCCGUCCUCGACAACGCCACUGUUCAACACGCACAUGAAGAGCGCGCAACAGAGUUACCGCCUUCGUUUGCUUCGGCAGAGAGCGAUGGAGCGAGCGCCACGCAGUCGACUGGGGCCCUCAAAUCACGUUUCUCCAUCCAUGUCCCCGAGGCCCCUGUCAACCAUGAUGACAAAGGCCAUGCCAACCACGAAGGACACUUGCAAGACUCUCUUCGCGAGGUUUCAUCUUCACAAAAUCCCCACCCACCUAGUCAUGGCAUCAUGUUCAACGACACUACAGCUUCGUCUGACCUAGCAACGCAUGAAGGCGAAUCACAGCAUACCGCCAUGGACGUUGACAAGGUCGGUGAGAUGUCGCAGGACAAGAGUGACGUACUAUCGGACACCAAGAACCGCCCAUCACCACAAGUAGUGCCUGUGGUGCAAGGAAGUCCAUUGAGCAGCCCAGAGAAAGGCUCCCCGAAACCACGCACUUUGGCCCCAUUGACUAUCUUGACGUUGCAGCCGUUCACCGUCGAAGCAGGGUUCACUUCUACCAACGCCGACGCGGACGAAGUUGAACGACACACGAUGGACCGAACGCAUUCUUCGGCGCAAAAGACUACACGAAACAAGGACGAUGACGAAUUUGAUGGCAGUGGACAUCACGACGAAGAUGUCAUGCAGGACGAUGAGGAGCUGUCCGAUUCGGACGGCUUUGAUGGAUCAUCCCACGACACUCCCGCGGACGAGGCGGCACCUCACCGUCGAGAAGCCGCACAACAUGGCGCCACCAACAGCGAGCCAUGCAUACGACAGCAUGGAAUCAGCAAUUGCCUCGACUCGACCCACGCCGGCACGACUGAGCCACUGGGUCUGGAUGACCUGAAUGAAAACGACGACGUUGAUACAACAGAACAAUUUCUGCCACCAUCAAGUGCCCUUGAUGAGGGCGUCAUAUCGUCAUCAUUGCCACGAGACCAUCGAUUUGGCCUGACGCUUGACGAAGAACAGCCGCUCGACGAAGUGCCUGAUGACGAAGAUGGUGAUGAUGCUUUAAGCCAGGAUGAAACCAACAUGACUGAAGUGGCGCAGCAACUUGCGACUGCAAGUGCGACUCACCACAGCGACCUCGGCGACGACGACGACGAGAGCGCCGCAGAAGAACGAUCUGAGGCCGCCAUGGAGUCCUCCAAAGAGUUGUCUCCAGGCAAAUCGUCCCCUCGCCUGUCACCAAAGCUCGCCCCCCUGGACAAGGUAUCGUGGCGUGGUUUACCGCCAAUCGAGUCGCAAUUGCCGCAAGGAAAUCGCUUGCUGCAGCCACACGGACAACCAACUCUACCUUUGACGCACGAGCGUCUUGGUUUUGAAACGGAUGGUGUCGACAAUCUCAGUGGCCCGGAAGACAACAUCGAAAUAUCGAGACACGACUUGCGCCAACUCGAUGUAGCUCUGAAUGACGAGGACGAUGAGGUACCUUCAUGUAGAGAAGACGCCCUCGCAUAUCCAGCUCUCUCCAGCACCGGGCAGGAACCGGCGGAUUCGCUGGAGCUUGCUGCACAAGACCGUCGUGAAGUCAUACCGCAUGACCGCGAUCUUGAGAAUUCGUUGGAUUUGGAAAACAGCUUCGACGCCAGCACCGAGGAGAGCGAUGUUGACCAUUCCGUGGACGGCGCUUCUGAAGGUAGUCUGGAAAACAGCACAUCUUCUGCUCAGCACGAACCGCCCAUGCUUCGAUGCCACGACGGAGUCCCCAUUGAAUCGUCAAGUGCGGGUGAGUUGGACAUUAGCCAGGACGACAACAGCAAGAGGCAAAGUCCGACGAAAGCAGCGAAUCCAACUUCGCUUGCGCAGCGACUCUUCCAAGCAAAAUUGCGCUCUACGGAGUCUCACGAUGAAGAGCGGUCAGGGUCAGAUGCGCAAAUGGCUCGCCUCAAUACGACCUUGAGCAUUGCAGGUCGAUUAACCUUGCCCAAGUUUGACGAUGCGGAGGAGCUCGAUGAGUCGGCCGAAAUGAGUCAUGAUCUCGACACAGACUGUCCAACGCCCUCGCGAAUAGUUGGUGAAGAAGAUGACAAUGGCGUUCGCAGUGACGAUGACAAUCGCAGUGGUGAUGAUGAGGGCGUUGAUGCACAGGCAUUUGUUGACGGAGAGGACGCAACCGCCGACGCUGACUACGGCACUGCAGCGCCUCGAGUGUUCGGGAAGGAAUCACCACUUCCGUCAGUGACGACAGACCACGCAAACGACGAUGAUGAAGAUGGCGAAGAGGAAGUCUUCGCCCAUGCACUUGAAAAGCCUUUCGUUCAAUCGAGCGGUUGCAUGCCAUCAGACACGACCACCGACACUCUCACGACAGCAACGCCUGGCCGUUCAGGCUACGGCGAGGACGUUGACGAGGACGCAGAAGACUAUGAUGGACCAGCAACACCGUCUUCUGCGUUGGAAAAUGUAGCCUCACGUCGACGGGGUCACUUGGCAGCAAGUCGCGGUGAUGAGGACAAUUCUGACGACGAAGUGGAAGCACUUUUGAGAGGUCACUUGCGCUCCUCGCCGGCUCCAAAGCCCUUGGGAGCCUCCACUGCACCCCCGUCACUCGUUCAUACGACAGUCAAACUUCAGACUAUUCGACACCAACAUGUCGACGUUGGAGAAGACUUGGACGAAUCUCACGACGACGAUGAGUCCGAUGCCGUCUCAGCGUUGCAUUCACACCAUCCACCGAGAAGAGAAAACCUAGACGCGAGUACGACGUUCGCAACCAAACGCCCGGUGUCUGCCGUCGCUCGACCGCUGUCUACCUUGACCCCUUUGCAGGGAUUGCCCAAGUUGCCUCCCGUGGCAUCCCUCGGCCGUCGGUAUUUCGACGACGAUGAAGCAACUGAUGAAUCAUUCCACAGUAAUGUCGUCAUCCAAAGCAACUUUGACGAUGACGAUGACGAGUUUGGCGCGAACGUACACUCAGACACUGCCGACCAGUCAGUAGAGGGUCCAACGCCGCCUCGAUCGCCUUCAGGAGCGCAGUCGUCACCCGCCCGACACGACGAUCUCGACUCGGACAUCCAAGUACCAGCACAGAAGGCCUCUCGUACAUCUUCGCCCGAUUCCUUCCCAACACCUCGACGGCAUGACGAUCUUCCUUCGACCAUGCCCCUUGACCCAGUAGCACGAGGGAGAAAUCGUAUCCCUGGACGGGAUACUGCACCUUCACCGUCGAAUUCACCACGAAAACGCGGAGCUGGUACUGCGCCAAGCGAUGGUGGUGACGAUGACAAUGCGUAUUCUGACUCGUUUGAGUUUGAAGAGUCGUUGGCGUCGGAUGAGGACGGCGAUUGAUCUCGAAAUGAAGCAGUUCUUGGCGUCCCCCAUUCCCUGUCUUGUUCAAUGACUUGUAGCAUGUCGCCAUUAACGCAUGUUAUUGGGAAACCGUGAUCGCAC